AUGUUACCAAAGGCUCCAAAUAACGUCAUAGAGAUUCUGCAGCUUUCGAAGAGACUAGACGACCGUCCGACGUCUUGGAGUGCAGAUUUUGAGGUGGAGCAACAACAGCCGAGCAUGUUGUUGCUUAUUGAGAAUACGCGAGCAUCACUUCGCCAUCCGGACUCGUUAAAUUUGGUUUGUGGCUCGAAAGGGUUAAAGGAGUUGUAUGGAGCUGCAGGUGACUAUUCUGACUCAGCGGAUACUUUAAGUGUCAUGCUUGUGUGGAGGCAGAAUCAGCUGAAUGGAGGGAAGCUUGGGUUAAUGAGAAGAGUCAUGCUGCAGCAUACGAUCACUGCGAUGGCCGUGUCACCGUGUGGAAACUGGUUACUGGUUGGAGUAUCCAAGGGAGGCUUGAGGGUGUGGAAUGUGCAUGGUAGCAGGUUGAACGGAUCAGAGAUGUUUACUAUAGAUACAGACCCGUACGAACCUACAGAAUCCGGUGUCGCGGAUGCCCAGGCGGAGGUGAUUUCCUCCAUUGAAGUCAUUACAACGUCUGCACCAGAUUUGACUGGCAAUACGGUUGCCACUGAUAGAUUGACAGAUGCGAUUAUUAUUGCUGCUGAAAGGGAUACUGGAGCUGUAAGACACUGGAGAUUAUCGGUUGAAAGGAAAAACUAUCGUGAUGACAUAAAUUCUGAAGAACACCGCUAUCCAAGGCUGAGUCUUGUUGGGUAUUUUGACGUUGGAGGAAAAUCGCAAAUUGGGAAAGACGACAUUUCUAGUAGAAUUUUUAAGAACCAAGACACCCUGGGGCCUCCGUUGAGGACGCUGACCAUGUGUGUUACCAUCGACAUGGGAAGCUGCUUCGAGAAUCUUUUACUGGUUGUGCGUGAGGAUGUUAUUCACGUACUGAAAGUCCAGACGGUUCUUUAUGUGAUGCAGGAAUACGCCUUAGUCGAAGAAGUCUAUGCAGUACGAGCCUUUGAGCAGCAGGAUUCCUCCCAAAUUAUUUCUCUCAGCAGUACAGCAGCACGUAAACUUCGGGUAUUCCCACUGGACGAAACUUCAAACCAAGGAUCUUCUUCAAAGUCAUUAUUUGUCACGCCGCAUGCACCGGGAAUGUCUGGACACGUGUGCUCAAUGGAAACUAUGGCGAACUAUCAACUGCAAAUAUGCUUUGUGGUUCUCGCGUGGAGUAGAGGGAUAGUGGACAUAUACGACGUGUUACGUGAAAAACACGCGAUGAAACUGCAAGACAAACAGCUCACAGACCAGAUCAGCACUUUGGCGGUCGUCCAUUUUCAACGCGCUAUCAAACACAAGAACAUGUCAGCUUAUAACGCUAUUGGUGAAGCAGGUUUUUUGUCAUCUCCAUCGUAUUGGGAUACAUCUCACCAUCACACUGAUUGUCUCUCUAGUGAUACGUCCGAAGAAGCGGUGGCUCAUAAAACAAUUAUUGUCGCUGGUACAGAAAGCGGUAAUUUGUACGGAUGGUAUGUCGAAGCGCUUUGGGAUAACGAUUUCACUCUGCGAUCGAUUGAGAAGGCAAAUGUGCGAGUCCAAGAUGCACACUCGUCUCAUAUUAUUCAACUGGCGAGCUUAGAUGCAGUCAGAGGGCAACGCGCUUUGCUAGCGUCGGUGGCGUUGCUGAGGGUUAUCCAGUAUCUCCAUCUUGUAUUGAGUUGA